AUGGAUCCAAAAAAGUGGCAACUUCCGACUUCUACAGGCCAAUCUCUCGAAAAGAUUUUGCGUCUUUUGGGAAUUAAUUUGUCGGGUUAUAUGGGCAGAUUAUACGGUUUCACACUUAUAAUAUUAUUCUUCAUGUUAAGCCAGAUAUCUUGGCACGAUAUUUGUACUAAAUAUUGUGAAGAACAUCUUAUCAAAAAGUUCAUGGUAACGUUGGAGUACAUUCUAUACGUCCUCUUAGUAUUGACAACGAUGGGUACAUCUAUAUUUCGUCCAAAACAAUUCGCUUUUCCUCGUCAAGAGAUGUUUAUCAUAGACUCUAUGUUUGAGUCGUAUGGCGCAAGAUUCUCGGAAAAGGAUAUUUUCUUCGCAUAUCUGCAGGAUGCUGCAAUAAUGAUAGUAGCAUUACUUGUCAUGAUGAAAUAUGCUUACGAUAUAAUUGCAUAUAAUUCAUAUCAAUUAAUAUAUUAUUCUCUGCAAUCUUGGUAUUCCAUAGUCUGCCUGCUAUUUAUGGAUGGAUUAUUUACCCAUUAUAUCAAUGAUAUAUAUUUAAGAUUCCGCGAAUUAAACAAGAUUGCGAUACAACAUUCGAGAGAGAAUCUAUGGAUUUCUUAUGUCGACUUUAUAGCAAAUUUGAACAUGUGUAAUAAAUGCAAUUACACUUUAAUCGCUAAACUCCGUUUGAUUCAGCAUAUUCAUCAUAACUUAUAUAUUUUGGCGACAAAGAUAAAUACAAAUUUUAGUCUGCAACUUUUGAUAAUUUCUGCUAUAUGCUUGAAUGCUAUAAUCCUUUUUCUGUAUGAUAUAUAUUGUAACAUAAAGGCAGACAGUGGCAAUACUGAAAGAUUAAUUUUUUAUAUGAUUUUCAUACUCUGCUAUGCUUUUCGAUCUUUAUACAUUAGCUAUGUUUGUCAACGAUCUAGAAACGAAUUCAAGCAAAUGGGAAUAAUUUUGCAUGAUGUUUUUCUGGAACAUAAGUCAUUGCAGGCUGAAGUAAUACAUUUCUCACUUCAAUUGAUCCAUGAGGAUUUGACAUUUACUGCCUUUGGAUUCUAUGAAAUCAAUAUGUCUCUUAUAUGUUCCAUUGCUGGAGCGACAGUAACAUAUCUGGUCAUGGUCAUUCAAUUGGAUACUUCAGCAAAACUUGCACAUUACAAUAUAACUAUGUGAAAUUAUAUUUGUAAGAAUAAUUCUACAAGCGCUUAAUUGC